GAGAGAGAUUCUGCAUUUCCAACGCCCAGGAACCAGACGUCGCCAAACCCUCCAAAAUGCCCCCCAAGAAGGUCGCUGCCCCCAAGGAGAACAUCUCCUUGGGCCCCUCCGUCCGCGAUGGCGAGCUCGUCUUCGGCGUUGCCCGCAUCUUCGCCUCCUUCAACGAUACCUUCGUCCACAUCACCGAUCUCAGUGGUCGCGAGACUAUCACUCGUGUCACCGGUGGCAUGAAGGUCAAGGCCGACCGUGACGAGUCCUCUCCUUAUGCCGCCAUGUUGGCUGCCCAGGACGUCGCCGCCCGCUGCAAGGAGCUCGGCAUCAACGCUCUGCACAUCAAGAUCCGCGCCACUGGUGGCAACGGCACCAAGACCCCCGGCCCCGGUGCUCAGUCCGCCCUCCGCGCCCUGGCCCGUGCCGGCAUGAAGAUCGGCCGCAUCGAGGACGUUACCCCCACGCCCUCCGACUCUACCCGCAGAAAGGGUGGUCGCCGUGGUCGCCGUCUCUGAGCGCUCAGCGCUUGGUUUUGGUGUCACUGGACAGGGAGUGUCGGCUAUCUGGUUUCUCUGUGGCGUUGCGAAAAACGAGGGGAACGGCAUUUUACGCCUGGUCUCCAUUCUCCGCUACUCUGCCGCCUCUAGCUUCGGCUGGCAGGCCUGGCAUUGCGCAGGUAGAUAGAUAUGAAUUCGCCCGAAAGGCCUAUAACAGUACUCCUUGCUCAGACGGCAAAAUCCCAAAGUGACUUGUUUUUCACUAGUUGUCUGUGCGCGGGUCAUGUAAAGAACGAGGGAGUCAGUCAUAUGCUUCGUCUAUUGGGCAUCUACCUGAUCCGUACUCCACGCUAUGGAAAUGCAGAGUCACCCUUCAAGUCUUGAGCUUGCAGGCCAAUCUACUUGGGUCCGGG